AUGUCCAAAACUCAAGGCAUUAAGGCUAUUGACCGCGCUUCUGUUCAUCGCAUCACUUCGGGACAAGUUGUUAUCGACCUACAGACCGCCGUCAAGGAACUAUUGGAGAAUAGUAUUGAUGCUGGGGCGGCGAAUGUUGAGGUGCGCUUCAAGCAGUAUGGCCUCAAGUCAGUCGAGGUGGUGGACGACGGAAGUGGGAUAUCGGAAGAGGACUAUGACAGUAUAGCUCUUAAACACCAUACCUCCAAAUUGGAGACUUUUACAGACCUCGCUAGCGUGGCUUCAUUCGGGUUUCGUGGCGAGGCCCUUUCCUCACUUUGCGCGUUGAGCGAAGAAGUUACGGUUUGCACCGCGACGGUAUCAACGGCUCCUAUGGGUGUAUCCCUUAUCAUGGAUUCCGGUGGAAAGAUCAAGAAGAGGAGCACGGUAGCAAGGCAGCCAGGCACCACAGUAACAUUGACGAACCUCUUCUCAUCGCUUCCUGUCCGACGGAAAGAGUUUGAGAGGAACCUUAAACGCGAGUUUGGCAAGGCUCUGACGCUGCUUAGUGCCUAUGCCUUGGGCCCAUGUUGUACAGGAUCGGGUGUGCGUUUGAGUGUGAGCAAUCAGCCUGAUAAAGGGCCGAAGGCAAUAUCUCUCAAAACGCAAGGCAGCCCAUCCUCUCGCGCCUCUGUAACAGCACUAUGGGGUCCCAAAUCGUUGGACAACAUCAUUGACAUGGAUAUAAGUUUUGAAGUUGAACGAGACAAGGCAACUCUCAAGCGGCUUCAAAACCAAGACUCCGAGCCGAUUUCAGUGCGCAUCGUGGGUCUCAUAUCGAAGUUUUCUGUUUCCUGCGGCCGCACUGGCACGGAUAGGCAGUUUUUCUAUGUCAACGGACGACCAUGCAAUCUGAACAAAAUUCAAAAAGCUUUCAACGAGGUCUAUCGUUCCUUCAAUGCCACCCAAGCGCCUUUUAUCCUUGCCGACUUCAUCUUGCCGACAGAAUGCUACGAUGUCAACGUCAGCCCUGACAAACGCACCAUCUUGCUACACAGUGAAGGCAACUUGAUUUUGGCUCUCAAGGCAGCUCUCGAGGCCCACUUUGCACCAUCAAGAUCAACCUACGAUCUCGUAGGAGGCACCCAGAAAACCCACACGCAAACCACACUUUCCCAAACCCAGCGAUCGUCGAUCACUCGAAUGACCAGGCAGCAGACGGAGGAGGCUGCCAAUGUCGAGGAGGCACCUAGCGUCGUUGCAGCAGCUAUCCGACGACGUCCAUCCUAUACUUCGUCCCCUCCUCCUUCACCUCCUUCACCUUCAUUCAAUGUCAGUCGCAGUUCCGCCCCAUCAUCGCCCACCCCUUCCAUCACCCAACCCUCCAAAUCCGAUACUUUCAUGGAUUUAGAUGAGCCUCCCGAAGACGACGACCCCGUAGUCCUUGAUCCAUCUCAGUCAAGUUGGGGUAGGCAACUUAGUGUUGCUUCUCGUUCGCAGACGACAACACCAGCUCUAGAACUAAAGCAACAACCACGGGGUCCUGAGGAAAAGGAAGACGCAGAACCUCCGAGAAAGAAACGCAAGUCUGAGCUUGGCUUGGCUAUUGUUGGCAGCCGUCAGGACGAACAGGACGACGAGAAUAAGCAAGAAGAUGUUGAUGAUGUUCAUCGCCCUGUAGUGCCGACACGGCAGGAAAAGAGCCCAACAAUUCAAAUGUUAGGAAGGAGGGAGACAAAAGCCCAGACCCGAACAACGACAGCGACGUCCAGGUUGAAGGGUAAUGGAAGCUCAUCGAAUAAUCUACGUCAACAGCUCCUGAACUUUGCCCGGCCAGGAAGUCAACUUCCUACGAAGCCCACACCUGAAGAGGAUGAAGAUGAAGAUUCAAAGGCCGUUGACGACGAAGAGGAGUGUGCUGAUGAGGAUCAAGAAGCUACGUUUUCUACAAAUAGGGUCGGAGGACUCGACGAAGACGAAGAGGUUGAUCAGCUAGAAGACGAUCCUCCAACGAAUCACGAUGCCGAUAUUACGGGGCCCAUACCCAAGAAACCAUCCCGCACGGUCGCCAACACCUCAGAUCGCCCAUCAUCUCCGCUGCACAGGACCCAAGAUCAUGGGCGAGAUGAUGGCACCGAGGAAGGCGAGGACCCUGUGGAUCUGACAGCGGGCGAGGACGACGACUCGGAGGACCCUUCCUCGGUGCUCAGCCAAGCCCUUGUGAGUUCGUCGUCCACCCCCUCGACGCUUUCGCGGGCCGACAAGAGCAGGGUGGUGAGACCAGAGGUUAUCAGGAGCGACAGGUCGGGUGGAGGCGAUAUCUCGUUGAGGGUCGAUGUGGACAAGAUCAGGCUCGCGUGGACCGAUGGACGGAGGGGCCACGGAGCGGUUUCAAGAUUACUGAAAGAGCCAGGUGUGAAGACAGAUUCUGUCCCACUCGAUGCAGGGAUUGGGAAUGUGGAAAAUGACGAGAAGGCGGUCAGUGCGCUUGCGAGGGUGAUUGAGAAGGAUGAUUUUGCCACCAUGGAUAUCGUUGGGCAGUUCAAUCUUGGUUUUAUUGUUGUUCGACAGAGGAAGUUAGUCGCUGGGGCAGGACAGAUCGACAAGGAGGAAGCGGUGGCUAUGGAUGAUCUAUUCAUCGUUGACCAGCAUGCGGCCGACGAGAAGUAUAAUUUUGAGACGCUGCAGACGACGACGAGGAUCCAAUCACAGAAGCUCUUCAAACCGCAGCAGCUCGAGGUGACAGCAGCCGACGAGAUGCUCGCACUCGAAAAUCUCGAAGUCCUGCGCCAAAAUGGGUUCGAAAUCGACGUCGACGACGAAGACUGUGUCGCUGUCGGGCAAGGAAGUCGGCUGAAACUGACAGCGCAGCCCGUCAGUAAGAGUACCGUGUUCAACAUGAAAGACCUCGAGGAACUCAUCCACCUGAUGCGCGACCGGCCCAGCGGGCAGAUGGUCCGCUGCUCGAAAGCCCGGGCUAUGUUUGCCUCCAGAGCGUGUCGCAAGAGUGUCAUGGUCGGAAUGCCCCUUACCCAAGCACAGAUGACCACCGUGGUACACCAUAUGGGAACGAUGGACCAACCGUGGAACUGUCCCCAUGGCCGACCUACCAUGCGCCACCUGUCUGAUAUCAGGAUAUUCGGCGCAAGGAGGAAGGAGAGUCCCGAUUGGUCAUCUUUUGCUUAA